AUGCUUCGUAUUAUCUUUCUCCUUGCCCUCACAGCCGCUGGAACGGCCUUUGUUCACCCCGGCGCGCUCCACACGACCCAGGAUUUUGAGCGCAUCAACACCCACGUCGCAAACGGUGAUGAGCCCUGGAAUACAACAUGGACUCUGUUGACUACCAGCAAAUUUGCCCAGUCGUCCUACCUACCCAGCCCUAAAGUAACGGUAUACCGAGGUGCCAAUGGUGUUGAUACAGAAAACUACCCGUCUUUGUACAGAGACACGGCGGCCGCUUACCAGCUUGCUAUACGCUGGAAGGUCACCAACAAUACAAGCUAUGCAGACGCGGCGGUCAAUAUCCUCAGCUCUUGGGCUAUGACCCUGACAGCUAUCGAUGGUACCAGUGACAAAUACCUGGCGUCUGGUCUCUAUGGGUACCAGAUGGCCAAUGCGGCAGAGGUCAUGUCGGAUUACUCUGGCUGGGCUAGUAGUAAUAAGAGUGCCACCGCGACUAUGUUGACUGAUAUUUUCGCUUCUAUGAAUACACUAUUUCUGGAGGACCACAACGGUAAUGAUUACUAUCACUACUACGCAAACUGGGACCAGUGUAACCUCGCUUCUCUUCUUGCUAUCAGCAUCUUUACCGACAACCAGACGAUGUACGACUACGCCUUAGACUAUUUCCGCAGUGGGCCUUCGAAUGGAGCUCUGCCUGUUUUUGCCAUUGCAAACUAUACGGUGACAGAAUCAGGUUCAGACAAAAUCCUGACACAGGGCCAAGAGGCUGGCCGUGACCAAGGCCAUGCCACGCUGGACAUGGCUCUUCUUGGUAUUAUUGCCCAACAGGCAUAUAACCAAGGUGAUGAUCUAUUUUCCACCUAUAGCAAUGAGAUUCUCAACGCAGCUGAAUAUGUCGGAAAGUAUAACGUGGGCUACGACGUCCCCUAUACCAUGUACGAAAGCUAUGAAGGCAACCAGACCAUCAUCUCCAACAGCUCGCGAGGAGAGAUUCGCCCUGGUUUUGAGUUGCUCUCCGCCCAUUAUGGCCAGUUGAAGGGUCUUGACUCUUCUUGGAUCGAUGCCUACCGCAAUAUGGUUAAUACAAACAGUACGUACGGUGUUGAGGGAGGUGGUGGAAACUAUGCCUCCACCUCGGGCGGGUUUGACGCUCUUGGGUUUGGUACCUUGCUCUACAGAAUCUCUUAG